GGAGUAUGUGGUUACGGUCAAGACUUUUGUGGUGUCGGCUGCACCAGCAACUGUGAUGCUGUUGCCAUGUGCGGCAACUUCUCCGAAGGAGGAAACACAAAGUGCGGCAUGAACCUAUGCUGUAGUUGGGGUGGAUGGUGUGGAACAUCCGAAGUUCACUGCAUCGGGCCAAACAAAUUUACACCGUGUCAAAAAGACUUCGGCUCAUGCGAGAUAAUCCGACCAAAAACAUGCGGGGAGGGUUCUGGAUCGACAAAAGCCCGGACUAUUGGGUAUUACCUCGCUUCGAACACUAGAGACCGUCUGUGCAACCGCGUCUUUCCCAAGGAUAUCAAGGCCAAGGACUACACUCAUCUCUUUUUCUCGUUUGCUUCCAUUGACCCAAAGACCUUCAGAAUUCGGCCCUGGGAUGACGCUGAUAUCCCACUAAUGAAGGAUUUUACGGCCCUUGACACGAAUACCUGGAUUGCCGUUGGCGGCUACACAUUUAGUGACGAGGGUAACACGCACACGACUUGGAGCGACCUCUGUUCUACCCGUGAGAAUAGAGCCGCCUUUAUUCAAUCUACGGCUGAGUUCAUGGAUAAGUACGGCUUCACGGGAGUUGACCUGGACUGGGAGUACCCUGUGGAGCCGAAGCGAGGAGGCGCUAAGGGAGACACUGAAAACUUCACGAAGCUCGUCAAGGAGAUGAGAGAAGCAUACGGAAAAAAGUACGGCAUUAGUUUGACUCUGGCGCCAGACUAUUGGUAUCUGCGCUACUUUGACGCGGAAGCCAUGCAGCCCUAUGUCGACUUCUUCGGAUUCAUGGCGUACGAUUUGCAUGGUUCUUGGGACUCCGAUGUUGAGACUUUGGGAUCUCUGGUGCGCGGUCAGGCAGAUAACACCUUGCCCCUCUGGUAUGCAAACUUAGAUCCGGCCAAGAUCAACUUCGGCCUUGCCUGGUAUGGAAGAGGGUACACAUUGUCAGACCCUAGCUGCAACAAACUCCUAUGCCCUUUUUCAGGGCCCAGCAAGCCGGCCGAGUGUACCCGCCAGGCGGGAGUCAUGUCACUCCUUGAGAUCAAGAAGCUUAUCAAGGAGAAGAACCUUACGCCGCGCCUCAACACUGAAUCCAUGAUGAAGGAGCUUAUCUGGGAUGAUCAGUGGAUCGGCUACGACGACGAGGAGACACAUGAGAUGAAGCGCAAGUUUGCUAACAACCUCUGUUUUGGCGGCACAAUGGCAUGGUCCGUCGACUUCAAUUCGGGUACU